AUGACCACGAUCCUACGACGAGCCCCAAUUCUCACAUCAAAAUUGACAGCCAGCGUUCCCCGCAUUACACACAGCAGACCCCUAGCGACAAUGACUACCGGCGUCUUCCGCUACCUCGACCCUGCCACGCUUGAGGGCGGCAACAGUAAGCCCUGGGCCAAGGUCGAUACAGAUGUGACAUCUUUCAGCCGGACGGAGCGCCGGCGCUCCGUCGCCAACAUCCGCGACUCGGGUAUCGAGUUCGGCACAGACAUUUCUGGUUUUGCAGUAUACAACUCCCCCGCCAAGGAGAAGGCCUUCACCGAUGACGCUGCCGUCCGCAAUGGGUACUACGGCGAGGUCGAGGCGCUUUUGAAGGAAAAGCUGCCUGGGGUGAAGAAGGUCAUUAUUUUCGAUCACACCAUCCGCCGCCGGGAGAAGGCGUCCCCGAGACAGCCAGUGCAGCAGGUUCACGUUGACCAGACGCCCGGCGCCGCCGAGGUUCGUGUAAGGAGGCAUGCCCCCGCCGAUGAAGUGGAAGAGCUUCUGAAGGGCCGGUAUCAAAUCAUCAACGUCUGGAGGCCGAUCGGCCACCCUGCGACGGAUUUCCCGCUGGCCGUCAUCGACUGGCGGACGACAGUGCCUGAAGACCUGGUUGCGGUGGACUUGCUGUAUCCGAAGAGGACGGAUAAUGACGACGACGAUCGGGGAAAGGAAGUUCUCCCUGAUCCCACUUUGGCGCGGUCGACUGAGGGUUACGAAGUCAAGGGUGAAACUUACUCUAUUGCGCCUAAUGACAAUCACAAGCUUUACUACAUGAAGGACAUGACUCCCGAUGAAGCCAUGUUCAUCAAGUGCUUUGAUUCAAGGAGCGAGGGGAAGCCCGGUGGCAAGCCUGGACUUGCGGGACUGACACCUCACACGGCGUUUGUUGACCCUGCCACGCCUGCUGAUGCGAAGGGUCGACAGAGCAUCGAGGUUAGAUGUCUGGUGUUUUACGACUAG